AAUCACGAAGUUAUCCACAGCAUAUCCUCACCAACCAAAUCAAACUCCAGAAUUUCAUUUCAUAAAUAUAAGAACUUAAAAGUCCAGAUUUACUUAAAGCAAAUUGUUUCAGAAAUGAGUACUUGGCAAAGUGGCAAGUUCUCUGUGGCAAUAGUGUCUGUGAUCUGUCUCCUGAUUAUUUGUUCCGCGAAUGCGCAGCUCUCUGCAAACUACUAUGCCUCGAGCUGCCCCAGGCUCCAGAGGAUUGUGCGCAGCGCAUUGACGCCUGAAGUUAGGAAAGAUCGUCGCCUUGGCGCCUCUCUUCUUCGCAUGCAUUUCCAUGAUUGCUUUGUGAAUGGUUGUGAUGGAUCCGUGCUGUUGGACGACACGGACACCCUUACGGGAGAAAAGAAUGCGUUUCCUAACCGAAACUCGUUAAGAGGAUUCGAUGUGAUUGACACCAUUAAAACUAGGGUGGAAGCUGCUUGUAAGGACACUGUUUCUUGUGCAGACAUCCUUGCUCUUGUAGCACGCGAUGGAACUGUUUUGUUGGGAGGUCCAUCAUGGACAGUGCCCCUGGGCCGCAGAGACGCCACAACAGCCAGCCAGAUGCAAGCAAAUAUAGAUCUCCCCAGUCCAGCUUCUGAUCUUUCAGCUCUAAUCUCCAGCUUCGCUAACAAAGGUCUCACCGCCGCUGAAAUGACUGCACUUUCUGGUAGCCAUACCAUAGGCCAAGCCCAGUGCUCAUCCUUCCGUCCCCAUAUCUACAAUGACACUAACAUUGAUUCAUCCUUUGCUGCCACUCGCCAGUCUAAUUGCCCUGCCACAGCUCCGAGUGGCGAUACUAAUCUGGCUCCCCUCGACCUUCAAUCCCCGAAUCAAUUUGGAAGCAAUUACUAUCAAAAUCUUGUGGCCAAACGUGGACUUCUACAUUCGGAUCAGGAGCUCUACAACGGCGGAUCACAAGAUGCUUUGGUGAAGAAAUAUAGUAACAAUAAUAGAGCUUUUCGCAAUGAUUUUGCUGCAGCUAUGAUCAAAAUGGGGAACAUUAGUCCUUUGACCGGAACAGAUGGAGAGAUUAGAAAGAACUGCAGAGUCCCCAACUAAGUGCUCUUUCGAAAUAAGUAUUGCUACAAAACGUGCACGCAAUUUUCAAUAUUAAAUCCAACUGUAUGUUAUAAGUAGCUGAAUAUAUAUUUAUCAGCCGUUAAUUGUAUAAUAUACUCUCCAGAUAAGGAGUCAUUGUUGUUUUCUGUUGAUCAAAGCAAGUGUGCUGUGGUACUGUAUUCAAGUAUCUAUGGUGUUCGAAUAAGUUUCUCAUCAGAAGUUAUUUGAGGACAUAAUUUGUUGAUAACAGGCUGUUGCUGUUAGAAUAUAUAUAUUGAUAUAAAUAAAA